GCACCGUUUCUUCCUCUCACCAGUGAAAGGAGAAGGGCUCGGAAUGUACGAUCCCGCGGGACACGUGGACUUCUACCCCAACGGAGGUAUCAAGAUGCCCGGAUGCGAGCUCAGCACGAGGGUGUUCAAGUUCGUCACCGAAGGUCUGGUCAAUGGGGCCCGCGCCAUCGGCAUCUGCCACCACCAGAGGGCAAUCGACUACGUCAUCGAGACCAUCACCGACGUGCAGUGCCCGUCGCUUGCGUUCGCCUGCUCCUCGUACGAGAUGUUCGAGAAGGGUCGCUGCUCGGACUGCGGCCGCGACGGCUCCAAGUGCGCGCGCAUGGGCAUGCACGCGGACGGCUGGACGCGCUUCAAGAACGACAGCCUCUCGGUGCGCAUGUUCAUCGGGACGAACAGGGAGCCACCGUUCUGCGUCUUCCACUACCUGGUGAACGUCGAGAUGUUCAACAAUCCGGGCGCUUCCGCUGCAAGUGGUGACUUGAUUCUUAAGCUCGAAGGAACGAGAGACAGUUGCGAUAUGAAAAUCAACAGAGGCACUGCCACGCUGUACCCGAAGGCUAAGUACAGCUUUGUGGCUAAGACGCCGGUACACGUUGGAGACAUCAAGAAAGCAUUCAUCACGUACAAGAGCAACAGCUUCCUCAACGUUUUUUCAGCUAAAAUGCAGCUGUGGAAAGUAAAAAUCAUGCCCAUGAACAGGCCAACGAGCAGGCAGCAAAGAACAGAACGAACGAUGGUUUUCUGCUCCACAGCUCUGGGUGGACUGACAUCCGGGACGCUAACAGCCCUGUCGCCGUGCUGAUAUUCCGAUAAUUUAUUGAAACGCCAUUGUCGACGCAUUUUUCUCCUGUUGACCUUCGCUGUUCGUCGUCGGAGGGCGGUUCACCUGGUUCAUCCAUUUCAACCAUCACUGUAGCGCUCAUUACAUUACCACGGAUCUCCCGCUCGAUGACAGGCAAUAAACGAGGCAGUCAUCGUCUGUUUGUCGCUGAUUACUAUGGCAUUGGUUUGACACCAGUCGCUUUUUGCAGCGUAAGUACAAAGCUGACUCUUAUAGGCCAAACUACACGUACGCGUGCCGGUGCGCGAAAUCUCGCACCCACGCGCCUCACGCAUGCGCAGAUGGUGCAGGACAGAUCGUAUGCGUCGAAGCGCGGCUCGAGCACAGAUAUCUAAUGUUUAAAUACGCGCGCUAAGAAAUAGCGUCGCCCAACAUGGCGGCACCCAUCG